GCACUCUGUUUCUCGUUUCCCAGAUCCGAUCUCAUCUUCACAUCGACACGCAGAGUUUCUACUCCUUCAAGUCAAAGCUUUUUUCAUUUCCUUUUUCUUUUGUGAAAUUUCCCGGAAACUCAACCGUUCUCGGAAUUCACUUAGAGAGAAUAAAGUGCUCUCCGCUUGUUAGUUUGGGAUCAUUCCGAUUCUGGGUUAAUAGGAAAGGAAGUUCAUCAUGUUCCGUGUUUCGCCUAGUAGGAAUCAAAGAUCGAAGGGAUUGAAGGUAAAGCAUGCUCUUCAAAUAUGUGUUCUUGUCGGUAUCUGCAUCUGGUUGCUUUACCAAGUUAAGCACUCUGGUGAGAAGAAAAUAGCGUAUGCAUCGGGGAAUGAAUUCGUUAAGUUGGGGAGAAAGGACUUUCCUCGAUCGGAAGGAAUAACGGUUAAGGACGCUUGGGACAAGGAGGAAGAAGAAGAAGAAAGCAAGAAUGGAGGAGAAGAUAACAAGCCUGAGGUAAUUGAAGAUGAAGCGAAAGGGAAUGGGAAUGGGGAUGUUGACGCAAUGAAUGAGCAUGAUAAUGAGAAACCCGAAGAGGAAACCGAGCGCAGAGAAGAUUCAUUAGAUGGAGGAAAGGAAGAGAGUGAAGAGAGCAAAGAAAAUGGAAAUGAUGGGAGCCAGGAGGACACUGAGAACAAAGGGAACGAGGAGACACAUGAAGAGAAAGAGACGGAGAAGAGUGAAGGUGGGAUAGAGAAUUCAGGUGCCUUGGACAACCGGGUUCAAGAUGGAGUUGACCAGAACAAUGAAGAAGCGAGAGAAGAACAUUACAAGGCAGACGAUGCUUCCAGCGAAGUAGUCCAUGAUGCCCAAAAUAUAGCCGUUGAGAAUGAGACAAAUGGUUUGGAAAAUUCCAAUGUGUUGGAGCAGUUGGAAAACAAAGAUAAAGAUCAGGAGGACAAAACAAAUGGCAGUGAAGUAACUAAUGUCCAUCAUGACGAGUCAAAUGUGCAAGAAAAUGAAACAACUGAGAACAAUCAAGAAAGCAGUGAUGGGAGUAAUGAGGCUGAGUCAAAAGAAGAUCCGCAACCUGAUACAACACACGGUACAACUGAGAGUGAAAAUGAUAUAGUUCUACAAUCUGAGAAAUCGGAUUCAAGCGGCGAUGGUGAGCAACCGAACUCAAAUGCAACUCCAACUUCAACUGAGAAUGGGGAUGGGACUAAUGGAGGUUCUACAAGCUCUACAAGUAACUCUGAAUCUGUUGAAUCAAAUGGACAGACUGAAAACUCCAAUGUAUGGACCGGUUCAGACAGCAAUUCAAAUGUUCAGACUGAAGAAUCAAACAAUAAUUCUGGAGAGGGGACGCAAGAAAGUGUUCUGUCGCUAAACGGGAAUGAGAAUUCAAAUGAUAACGAGAACAAAGAAGUUUCUUCUGAUUCUUCAAUUGCCGAAGACGGUGAAACGUCCUCGAACACUAAUGAUAAUGCUCUUGCAGGUCAGAAUGGGAACGAUAGUGGCAGUACCAACAAUGAUGGGAAUGCAAAUGGGAACAGAAGCAGCAUCGACAAUCUGAGCAGCGCCACGGACAAUGCAACUGCAGAUGUUACUCAAAAGGACAACAAUUCGAAUGAAAAUGUUGCUCAGAGCAACACCGAAAACAAUGAAAGUGCAAGUCAGAACGAGAACAAUGCUACUCAGGGCAACACUGACAACAAUGAAAAUGCAACUUCAGAGGUUACUCAAAAGGACCAGAAUUCGAAUGUAAAUGAAAAUGCUGCUCAGAGCUACACCGAAAACAAUGAAAAUGCAGGUCAGAACGAGAACAAAGUCACUCAGAGCAACACCGACAACAAUGACAAUGCAGGUCAGAACGAGAACAAGGUCACUCAGAGUAACACCAACAACAAUGAAAAUGCAGGUCAGAACGAGAACAAUGCUGCUCAGAGCGGUGCCAACAAUGAAAAUGCAAGUCAGAAUGAGAAUAAUUCUUCUCAGAGCUACAACGACAGCAACAACAAUGAAAAUGCAAGCCAAAAUGAGGACAAUCAUGCUGUUCAGAGCAAUACCAACACCAAUGAAAAUGCAAGUCAGAAUGAGAAUAAUGCUUCUCAGAGCUACAACGACAACAACAACAACGAAAAUGCAAGUCAAAAUGAGAACAAUGAUGUCGUUCAGAGCAAUACCAACAACAAUGAAAACUCAAGUCAGAAUGAGAAUAACGAUGCUGUUCAGAGCAAUACCAACAACAACGAAAACUCAAGUCAGAAUGAGAAUAACGAUGCCGUUCAGAGCAAUACCAACAGUAAUGAAAACUCAAACCAGAAUGAGAACAACAAUGCCGUUCAGAGCUUCAACGACAGCAAUGGAAAUGCUAAUUACGAUGCAAAUUCAGAGCAAAGCAAAUCAGUCGAUUCUUCAAAUUCAUCGGAUGCAUCAUCUAAUACAGAUGGAAACACAGAUGCAAGCCAGAAUAAUCCCAAUGUUUCAUCCGAUGCUUCGACGACUCAAGCAGGUUUGGGAACUCUGCCAGAUACCACGACUGGGGAAAAUAACAGUGAGAAUGCAGCAGCUGCAGAAUGAAAUUUAUAAUGGUUUGUCGUUCACUAUAGGACCGUUUCUGCCGGUAAAUUUUUGUUUUCUUCUUCCUGAUGUGGGAUCAGGAAGUUGUAUGUUCUUGGCUACAUGUUGUGCUUUAUUGUGAUAUUACUGCUGAAAAAUAUUAUUUUGUACUUUUAGAUUUCUAGUUAUAAUAAUUGACGUUCCAAGUUUUCG